AUGGGUCCUGAUGAUUCGCAAACAUAUCCUACCCCUGGAGAUGUAGCUGCAUAUUUACCACCACAAGAACCAUCUACCCCUUCACCACCAGCGUACAACUAUCCUCCACCACCUUCUCCGCCUCCAACACCUCCUCCACAACCGAAGUACGUAGCUCCACCGUCGCCUCCACCGCAACCGCCACCUCCGCCACAGCCAAGUUAUCCACCUCCACAACCAAGUUAUCCACCUCCACAGCCAAGUUAUCCACCUCCACAGCCAAGUUAUCCGCCUCCACGUUAUCCGCCUCCACGGCCAAGUUAUCCACCGCCGUCUCCACCACCCCCGCCUCCAAGUUAUCCACCGCCACCACAGCCGAGUUAUCCUCCUCCACCCCCUCGACCACAGCCGAAUUAUCCUCCUCCACCCCCUCGACCGCAGCCGAAUUAUCCUCCCCCACGACCACCUCCACCAUCACGUACUUAUGGUCCUACUCCUACACCACGUCCUCAGAUCCCAUCGUCAACUCCAUCUGUAUUCCCAUCGCCUGCGCCAACGUACCUGCCACCGUUUGGCCAAGGACCGCAAGGAGGUGAUUUUCAAGGACCUGGUGGCUUUGCAACGAGCACAGCGUCAGCAGGAGCGCGCGGUGGCGUCUUCAAGAUAAGUGGUCCACUCACUACUCCAAGUGGAAAUUUUCCUACUACACCCGUCGCUGGAGGAACGUUUCCGUCGUUCAAUACGCCAACGCAAACGACAUCAACGCCAAAUUUCUCGUCUGCCUCGGCAUUCAGUUCUGCAACGUCAGGUCCUGUUGCGAACUAUCCUACUAGCACUACACAAUCGCCGUCCCCAGUGUAUAAAAUAUCGACUCCUAGACCGAACUAUCCAUCUCCUCGACCUAAUUAUCCUUCUCAGCAGCAAAGGCCAAGCUAUCCGGGACCUCAACAGAACUAUCCUUCACCACCUCCUCAACCUAACUAUCAAUCUCCUCAACCUAAUUAUCCUCAGCCGCAGCCGAGUUAUCCUCCGAGUUAUCCUGCUCCUCAACCAAAUUAUCCUGCUCCACCUCCUCAGCCGAGUUAUCCUCCGCCACAACCGAGUUAUCCUCCGCCGCAACCGAGUUAUCCUCCUCCCCAGCCAAAUUAUCCCCCAACACCAAAACCUAAUUACCCACCUCCUCAACCGAGUUUUCCUUCUCUACCUUCUGAGCCUAGUUAUCCUUCUCCAUCUCCUAAACCAACUUAUAUUUCGCCACAGCCGAGUUAUCCUCCUCCCCAGCCCACUUAUCCACCAGCACCAAAACCUAAUUACCCACCUCCUCAACCGAGUUAUCCUUCUCCACCUCCUCAACCGAGUUAUCCUUCUCCACCUCCUCAACCGAGUUAUCCUUCUCCACCUCCUCAGCCUACAUAUCCUCCUCCUCAACCUAAUUAUCCGCCUGCUCAGCCAAGUUAUCCACCAUCACAACCAACUCCUAAACCAAAUUAUCCUCCUCCUCAACCUAAUUAUCCUCCUUCUCAACCCAAUUAUCCCCCAUCUCAACCAAGUUAUCCUCCCUCUCAACCAAGUUAUCCACCGUCUCAACCUAAUUAUCCUCCGUCCCAACCAGGUUAUCCUCCUACAGGGGGACAACAAAAAAUGAUAUACUUACCACCUCAAUCGCAAUCGCAAUAUGGCUGA